AUGUCACGGGUAGGUCUUACUGAAGAAGAAGAGACGCAUUUGCUUCUUCUACUAGAAGGCGAAUUAUCUGAUAUCGAGAUCAAUGAGGAAGAUGACGAUGAGUACGAGGAUCAUAUUACAAGCCUUCCUUUGAGAGAAUACGUAUCUGAUUGCAUAGAUACUGAAAACGUUCUGCUUCAAACUGAUAUGGGAAAUAAAUCAGAGAUCCAAGAAAAUGAUGCCACUCAAUCUGAAGACAGCGAAGAUGAUUUACCUCUGGAACAGCUUGCAUCGAGGCUUCGAAAUACAGGCUCAUUGAAAACUACCCCUGUUCCAAUAAAAUGGGAAAAACGUGAUAUUCAUCCAGUUUCGUCAGAAUGUAACAUCUACUUCACUAGUGUGGAAAAAAUAGGUACCCCUUUGGAAUACUUCAAGACGUUUUUUGAUGAUGCAAUUAUUGAAAAUCUAGUACUCCAGACCAAUCUUUACUCUGUUCAAAAAAUGGGAACAUCUGUAGACACGAAUUAUGACGAAAUCUGUCAUUUCCUAGGGAUGCACAUAAUUAGGCUAGCCAAGCUAUCGACUUUAUUGGAGUCGGGAAACUAG